UUGCUAUGGAUUUACCACCACCGAAGAAGCUGGAGGACCGCACGUGUAGCCUAGUGUCAACAUGGGGAAAAGAAGGCAGAAACAGCAGCUUUUCACAACUUUAACCAAAAAGCAGAAGAAACACUUAAAGGAAUUCGGAGAGGAACAUCCGUUUCAUGAUGUAGUUGGUGCUAAACCUGAAAGAACUGAGAUAUUGGAACUGCCAGCCAGUCCAGAUCAUUCAGAUGCUGAGCCUGAUGAGCAGGAGGAUGAGGAAGAGGAACCUGAGCAGAAAUCAGCCUAUCAGAAGCUUCUUUCAACCCUCAGCCAAGCCCCCAGUAAUGACCAGAGUGAAGAGGAGAGCACCGAUGACGAAGAGGAGGAGGAAGAACAAGAGGAGCUUCUUGGUGAAUUGGACAGUGACGGUGAAGAGGAUGAAGAAGGUGAGGAAGAACCUGAGGAUGCAGACGAGGCUUUGACUGAAGCAGUGGAAGGAGAGGAGAUGAAGGAGGCAGGAGAUGAGUUCGAAGACAAGGAGCAUGAGUCUCAGUUCUGUCUGGAGACCAACUUCACAGAGGAGGGAGGACAAGAGGAGGCUGACAGCGAUGCGGAGCAGGAUGACAGCAAAGACAUAUUUGUGCAGCAUUUGAACACAGAGCUUAGUGAUGACGAUGUGCAGAAGAUGACGUCUGACAGCAAAACUAAGGCUCAGAUCACGUGGCCACAACUGGGCUCUUUACUUUGUACCAAUCCCCUGGAUAAGUUUGGACCUAUCGGCCCACACAGAGACACAAACCUGCCAGUUUUUCACAAAGUUCUGGAGAGCCACUGGAAGGAUCUGAACAAGAUCUCAGACUUUAAGGGGGUGUCGGAGGAGAUCAGCCCACUGCAGCAGGAGCUGCUGUCUCUGAUGGGCUCCUACAAGGACUUCUACUUCCCAGAGAUGUGUCCUGUGAACCAGGGCCCACAGGUCUGCAGCGCAUACUGCCUCCAUGUGCUCAACCACGUGCUGAAGGCCAACUCCAGAGUCCUGGCCCACAACGCGCUGCUGAGGGAGCAGAAAACCCAGGCUAAAGCUGGAGCUGAGCCGAAGGAUGAACCCAGAGAUCAGGGACUGACACGGCCCAAGGCCCUGAUUCUGGUUCCGUUCCGCGGUGGAGCUCUGCGAGUCGUUCAGACGCUCAUCGGCCUGCUGGAGACCAAAGGUAAGAAGAUCGUGGUGAGCAACAAGAAGAGGUUCAAAGAAGAGUUCGGAUAUGAGGAAGAUGACAAAGCAGCCAAUCAGCAGAGACCAGACGAUUACCGCACCAUCUUCUCGGGCAACGUGGACGAUCACUUCAGGAUAGGCAUCUCCAUCGUGAGGAACAGCAUACGUCUGUACGCCCCCUUUUACUCUUCCGACAUCAUCAUUGCCUCUCCGCUGGGCCUCCGCACAGUGCUGGGAGCAGAAGGAGAAAGUAAGAGAGACAUUGACUUCCUCUCCUCCAUCGAGCUGCUGGUGGUGGACCAGGCAGACGUCUUACUCAUGCAGAACUGGGAACACGUCUUGCAUGUGAUGAAGCACAUUAACCUGCAGCCACUGGACCCCCAUGGAGUGGAUUUCUCCAGGGUGAGGAUGUGGAACCUGAACAACUGGGCCCGGCAUUACCGGCAGACACUGGUGUUCAGCUCCAUCCAAGACCCACAGAUCAACAACAUCCUCUCCAAGCAGUGCGCCAACUACCGUGGACAGAUUGCGACCAAGAACAUGCCGAAUACUGGUUCCAUCUGCCAGGUGCUGGUUCAGCUGCCUCACGUGUUCCAGAUGUUCUCCUCCGACAGCUUCAUGAACCAUGAUGCACGGUUUCAGUUCUUUUUAGAUAAAGUGCUGCCUCAGUACAGGGACUCUGUUAUGUCCCACACGCUGAUCUACGUCCCGUCUUACUUUGACUACGUCCGAUUGCGCAACCACAUGAAGAAAGAGGAGAUAAACUUCGCCAGCAUCUGCGAGUACUCCAGCAAGUCGGAGGUGUCACGAGCCCGGCACUUCUUCCAGAAAGGAGAUCAUCAGUUCCUGCUCUUCACUGAACGCUUCCACUUCUACAAGAGGUACACCAUCAAAGGGAUCCAGAACCUGAUAUUUUAUGGCUUGCCCUCCUACCCGCACUUCUACAGUGAGGUGUGUAACAUGCUGGCAGCGGGGGGUCGGGGGUCGGAGGCCAGCUGGACCUGCACCGCCCUCUACUCGCGCUACGAUGCCCACAAGUUAGCGGCCAUCUCCGGAGUGCAGCGAGCCGGACAGAUGCUGCACUCCAACAAGACUGUUCACCUCUUUGUUACAGGAGGGGAGGAUAAAGCAUCCUGAUGGAGCCGGACACAUUAAAGAGUGACACUUUGUAAAACCAUGGGACAUAUCUACUGUCCAUCGUUACAGCAGGGCGAUCUGUUGUUGAAUGAAAGUUGCCUCGUAACACAUCACAGGGUACCACUUGAAAAUGCGGAUAAACACUAGAUUAAAACACAGUUAUGGGCUUUUUUUUUGUGUCGUAGGUGGAAUUUUCUUUCUUUUCCAUUUUUUUAUUGUUAAAAGCUCAUAUUUGUAUCAAUACCUAUCCUGAAUGUUCUAAAGUAAUCACUUUUAUGGUUGUGACAAUGACGGCAAACCCACUAUAAAAGCCUUUCAAAUUAAAGCUGGGAUGUAUAGCUUAUUUUUGGCAUCAUCGUACAUUAAAUAACCUGAUCUGGGAGAGAAAUAUACUCCAACCCCCAUGGUUACCUUUUAAUAAAAGAUUCAAAGAGGUUGGCUUUACUAUGCCAUUUUUGCAAAAGCUGUUUUAAGAUGGUGACAAAAUGUAUCGGUUGAAUAUCCUGAAGGAGAUGUUGUUGUUCCACUAUUAGCAACAAUUGUUUACAAUCCUUAUCCUGCCAGAUGAAGCCCUAAAUAAACUGCCUAUUCGCAGCUUCAGAUAUGUGAGUGUUGCCGUUAUUAUCCAGUUAAGUAUUUUAGGAAUUUUAAGCCAGAAGAAUUAAAAGUAGUGCUUAUGCUAAUUCCAAACUAUUUUGUAAAAAGGUUUUUUCAACUGUUUUUGUGAAGGGAAUUCCACAAAAAGGGAGAAGGUGUAGGUUAGGGAAUUUACAUUACCAUUAAAGAAAGUGUUGGCCAGAGGGGCAGACUGCAUACAAGGCCAUUUACAUUACAGUGGUGUAAAUGUUGGCCAAAUGUAAUUACAAGCUAAACAUGAAUGUCAACAAAGGUCUGAGAGACAGCCAUUUGUUUCUCUAAGGAAGUGAAUAUUUUAGUAGCUAGAUGUGAAUUUCAUUAGCUGGAUGUGGAUUCAAACUGUGGGAAAGUCUAACUACGGAAGAAACAAUGACAUAUAUAUAUAUAUUUAAGUGAGACUUAUUAUACAUUUCUACAAUAGCUUUCAUUAAACUUUGAGCAAGUCAG